AUGCAAGUCAGAAAUUUUGUUAAUACCGUUCCCAGUCUUAAUGAUAAAAGUAUUAAAAUCUAUUAUGAGCACAUAUUUUCACAACCGUUUAAAAUAAUCAAUGGUGAAUACAUUUAUGAAUACCCUAAACACUGGGUUGAUUAUAACACUGGCGAAAAAGCAAUUGAAAUAAGACAGAUAAAAACCAUUCCUGCAGGACGAACCAUUGAAUUAUAUAACUUUGGAAUAAUAAGAGAUAAUCAUCAAUAUGAUUUACAGAUUUAUAUAGAUUUAGACACAGGAGAUGAUAUGACAGCAUUUAAUAAAAAGAUUAAAUCGGUUCUUAUUGAACAGUUAAAAGGUGCCGGAUAUCCUCAACCUAAUGAAGUUGAUAUGUUUUAUAGUUUUGAAACUAAUUCAAUAGAAUUUCGUGUUAAUUCAAAUUCAAAAGCUGGUUUCAUAUUUGAUUUAAAAGAUGGUGCUGUCGGUGAUGAGAUUGAAAAUAUAUACACGAAUAAAAAUUUUCAAGAGAUUACAGGAAUUAAUAAUGAUGAAUGCUUUUAUCGAUUUGCUCAGUUCGGAGCAGAACAGAUAACAUUAAAUGACCUCCUGGAGUACUUACCAAAAUCAAUUUCCAUUAAAAAUGAUGAUUAUUUAUUAACAUCAAUUUCAUUUAAUGGUGUUUGGUCCAGAGAAGCGGC